AUGGCAACGCCAGACAGCCCAGAUGACGGCUCCAAACCCAUCAACUUCCGCGCUGCACUCGCGGCUUUCCAACAGAACAGCUCUUCUUCCUCCUCCUCCAAUGCGAUACACUCACCCAAACCGCGCGUCGCACCACCCCCCACAACACGACAACCUCCUCCGCGAACGCCUGCACGUCCCUCGUCCAGUCAAGACCCCGUCUCACGCGCAUCCUCAACCCCACGUAUCCGCAACAACUCGGACAAUUUCAUGCCUCCCUCGCCCAGCACAGCUUCUUCGCCUAUCUUGCAACCAACUACUUCGGCAUCGGGCAUGCUCAGUGCACCCUCACCCGUCUUCUCGACUCCCUUUGGGCUGCGAAAAUCGGGCAGCGGUACUAGUCUCAACGAGCUGAUGAGCAAAACUCUACCUAGAAACAUCAGUCGUACGGCCAGCCCUUUGAAUCGAUCUAGGAGCAGAUCGGUCACGCAGCAGGAAGCAGGCAGCGGCAAUUCGGCCCCUGCUUCCGGUCGAUCCAGUCCAUUUCCGCCAGGUCGACUUCGCGGCUUGUUCGAUUCGGAAGACGUCUCUCAACGAACCGAAAGUCCCUCGUCGCAACAUAUGCUAGACACCAGCGCCGAAGACGACAUGUUCGCGCAUGCGGUUAUGGAGCGGUCUCAAACGCGAUCGUCCACCACCGAUUCCAAUGCUUCCCUUGUACCCCCGCAAGUACCUUCACGAAAGGGUAGCGCUUCGUCGACCAACUCUGCCAAUUCGAUCACACCCAGGUUGCCACCUCGACCGACGACCUUGGCACCGAGUCCGACAAUCUCGGAAUUUGGACAACUGCCGCCGACCACUUCAAAAGUCAAACCGAAAACCGGAUUGGUGGCUUACGCGACCUAUACACCGGGCGGUAAACGAGGUUCUCAGGGUGGGCUGGAAGGUAGCAUGACCCCACCUGCGCUGCCACCCAGGAGUGCGACGUUGAGUCAGGCGGAGAGGGGGCAUACUGGAGAAGCAGCGUACAGGGCGAGGCAGAGCAGCCCGAUGAAGCGUGCACCUCCCCUCGUUCCACAAAAGCCGACCGCUCCGGUCCCACCUCCAAGACCGGCGAAAACGUUUGACGGAGCUGCGGGAGGCUUCAAAUUUGGUACCACUGCCUACGAGCCGACAGCAGCAGCAGCAUCGCCACGACAAAACACCUCGACUCGCGGUACAGCCCACCAUCAGCGCAGUCUCACCGGCGGUGGAAGCACGUCCGGCUCGACCACAGGUACUCCAGCGAGCGCCCACAGGAAGACGGGAAGCAACGUUUUCACAAGCAUAAGUCUUAGCGAUGAUGCUAGUGGAGAGUUGAAACGUAGUCUCGAGUCCGAUCUGCACUCGGAUCAUUCGACGCAGCUUCCACCGCCCAACCGUGGUCGAUCUAUCACAGCGAACAAUGGUGCGGCGAGUCGUGCGGCCGGUCCGAGUCCGGCAGCAGGAGGCAUGGGAGCGGGGAUGGUGAGCUCGCUGAUUGGGACGGCUGCGUCUGCGUUACCCAUGUUCAAGUCGACUGGGGCUGCAAGUGGGACGAGAUCGCUGGCUGAUGGCGCACCCUCGAAGCAGCAGUACAUGAGUAGGAGCGGUAGUGCCGGUUCGGGGCUGACAGCGACCGGAGCAGAUGGUGAGGCUUCGUUGUGGGGGGUAGGUAGGGCAGUUCAGUUGGCAGAAGUGGGUGUGGUCGCGAGUAAAGCGGUCGGCGGAGGGAUGUUGAAGGAGCCACAGGAUGAAAAGGCGAUGAGGAGGUUUGAGGCCUUGUUCGAGACACUGCUUCGUCAACAGGAGGAAAAGAGAAGGACAAGGGGACAACUCGGUCGUGCCAAGGCGAACAAUCUGAAGAGCGAGGAGGUUGGAGAGAGGAAAGCAAGUGGCGGCGUACAAGCACUGAGAGGGUGGUUUGAAUCCGAUCCAUCUUCCACCACCACCACAGCCACCGCCGGAAGCACUACGCGACCAAAUCACCCUGCAGCACAAUCAAACCCGCCAUCUCGGUCCACGUCGCUAUCACCAUCAACCAUCCGCAAGAUCUGGUCCCGAUCACAACUACCCUUUACCUACCUUUCCCAGCUGUUCGAUCAAUGCCUCCAGUCUCAAACUGAGGAUGUCAAGGGCCUUGAAAAGCAAACCUUCGUUCGAGCCAUGGCGAGCAUCGAUGCCGAGUUGGAGAGAAGGAAAGCGCGUCGGCAGACGAGGCAGAGGCGAAAGGACGAGGCGAGGAAGAGCAGGGACGUGAAUGUGAGCGCGGCGCGGAGGGUUCCUCCUCCGCCGCCACCGCCAUCGAUGGCAGCGGUGUAA